AUGUGGAACUCUGGGGUGUAUGGCGUUUCGCACGCUGGGCUACUGUCCUCUCGACUUUCGUUGCAGGACCAAGCUGUGAGCUCAGGCAACGCGGACGAGUUGUGCCCCCAACUGAACGGCGUCGACAAUUUCUCGUACGAGUCUCUACGCGCAACGAAAUCGUUGAUUAGUGGCAGAACUAUUGACGUCACUAUUGGAGGAAGGCGCUGUAUGUAAUGACGCAAUGUCCUACGAGUCAACUCAGCUGUUGUUUGCUGUGGUUCCUUCCAUGUUUCACUAGCAGCUAGAGGUCAGAAGUAGGAAUACAGCUAUUCGUCGUUUGUCCAAUCGAUAACUCAGUUUUGAGGCGAAUGUCACAACGCUUCAUCUUUGCUCAUCAUCUUCGUCAUGAUACGCGUGAUUGCUUGUAAUAUGUAAAUAGAUAUUCUCUGUUCAACACUCCUCAUUCUUGUCAGAGUCACAAAUGGUCCUUAUGUUUAUGCACAUCGAAUCUUUCGCCAAUUUGCACUUUUUUAUCAGUCAUGUUUGGUUGUUGCCAGCUCGAUCAACCCGAACAGCUCUUUUUUGUACAUAGUGUAUGAUUUUUCUUUUUUAGAAAAUAAAGUUU